CCCCUUUCAACAUUAAAAAACUCUCGGCUGGCUUCUGAUUUCACGCUUCUCUCUAUCUCCUCGCUACAAGCUUCUCAGGUUUCCCGAUUUGUCAUCAAUGAAUCCUAGUCAAAGCAAAUUGCCUUCAAAAUCGAUCAAAGUAGUCCCUGGCAGGAGUAAACUGCGGGUUGAAUCUUCAAAUCCAGUUGCCAGAGGGAAUCCAUUACCUAAAUCUUCAAAGGUUAAGUUGAUCACACCAGAGGAAGCCAUGCAACUAUCAUCCGGAGUCAAUCUUAUGCCGGUUUCUCCAAUUUCUAUACCACCAAGACAUAUGCCUGCUCGUGCAACUUCUGGAUCACCGAGACCUACCCCGUUUAGUCAAACUCAUGAAGCACCAAGACCUACGCCGCCUCGUCAAACUCAUGAAGAGCCAAGACCUGUCCCGACUCGUCUCACUUCUGAAGCACCAAGACCUGUCUCGGCUCAUCCUGCACUAAGUUUCACAAGAGAAUUUGUUUGUGGUCUUCGACCUUUAAGUAUGAAUCCUACACCAGUGAGGCAGAGAAGUAAUCCAAGAAGUGUCUCUCAAUCUAGGACGGUUGAGCCUCCUCCUAGUCCACGUGCUUUGCAGGUUCUUUCAAGAGUUAAACAACAAGCUGCUAAUGCGACACAAGUUCUAGAAGUUGUGGAAGUUGGUGAUAGAGAUAAAGAUCAUGGUUCCAAGGAGACAUGCCAACCAACCUCUGAUGAAAGACUUUCAGAGUUGCUUCUAUAUCGACCAGCUCUGCAUCCUACUUGGAAGGGACGCAUUGUGGAUUCUGCCAUACUGUCUGAGUUUGACUGCGAGUUUUGGGCUAAACCGGCAUCCAAGAUCUGCGGGAAGGCACUGAGACUUUCAAAGGAGAUGCCUACGUUACUCAAGGUAGAACUGCUUCCUACAGGCCAUAUUUUGGAUGAUCUGUUUCACAGAAGCCCAAGGCUAUCGAAUGUGGAACUGUACCUUUUCCCAGAUGAGAAGAAUACUGAAAGGUUUAAAGGGGAACAUGUUCAUCUGUUCGAAGCCAUGGUGACUCGCAAUGCCAUGAUCAAAGUUAAUAUAAAAGGCUCGGAGUUGUUGAUGUUCUCCUCGAAAGUAUUGGACGAGACCUCCCAGUUUUUCAUCAGUACGCAGAACAAAACAGAAAACUACCUUUGGGGUUUUUUUCUCCAGAACAAAAUCUCACAAGCACCUGUUCCAGGAACUUCUUAUCAAACUAAUAAAGAUUUUGAUGAAGGAGAUGUUGUUGACAUGGAGUUAGACACUGAUUACCCGACCCCGAGUCUGGCUCUCAAGCUAGUUGCAGAAUCACAACGCACUCCCUCAAUCUCACUGGGGAAGGAGAACAAAGAAGUCAGCUUACCUCCUGGUAUCGAGAAUCCUUCAAGAUCACCGGGAAAGGUAAAGAAAGAACUGAGCUUACCUCCUGGUUUCGAGAAGAUAUGGACACCACCCUUGGUGACACUUAAUAUACAUGGAACUUGGAACCAUCUGUCUGAGGAUCUAACAGGAUCUGCUGGAUUAGUGCGUGACGAAUCAGGGAAGUGGGUGUUUGGCUACGUCAGGUGUCAUAAGAGCAUCUCUCAAGUCACAGCUGGGCUUUUAGCAAUUUAUCAUGGCCUUAAACCUCUCUGGGACAGCGGUUGCCGAAGAAUCCGCUUGGAGACAACAAGCCGUGAGAUCAUCGAUGCUCUAACAACAAAUUCGGGCCUUUUCCUCAAAAGAAAAUCGAUUCUGAGAUUGUGCAAGGAGAUGAUCUUGAAGGACUGGGAGUGUGAGAUUUACCAUAUCUCCAAAGAACAGAACUCGUGUGCAGAAUGGUUAGCAAGCCGAUUAGAAGGACAGCCUCAAGGAUUGGUUUUCUUUGAAUACCCUCCUCGAGGCCUUUUGGGUCUUCUGGAGAAAGACCGUCUUGCAGCUAGAUAA